AUGUUUGGAGCUGGACAGGUUGGACAGGUGUGGGUCUCCUGUUGGAUUCUGAUGCUGUCGGCUUGUCUCCCCAGCGCUCAGCCUCAAGAUGAUGUCCCGCCAUAUUUUAAGAUGGAUCCUCCUCAGACCCAGGUUCACCUGGAGGGAAACCGCCUGGUGCUGACCUGCAUGGCGGAGGGCAGCUGGCCCCUGGAAUUCAAAUGGAUCUACAACGGGACCGAGCUCACCCGCUUUUCCCUGGAGUACAGAUACCUGAUCCCCACGCUAGACCGACUGCAUGCUGGCCACUACCGCUGCAUCGUGAGAAACCGAGUGGGUGCUAUAAUGCAGUGCAGCACCGAAGUGCAGGUUGCCUAUAUGGGAGGUUUUGUGGAGGGGGAGAGAUCUCAAACUGUAUCCCAGGGCGAGGGAGCUCUCAUCCAUGCACCACGAAUACACAGCUUCCCGAGGCCCCAGAUCACUUGGUUCAGAGAUGGGCGGAAGAUUCCCUCAAGCAGCCGCAUCGCCAUCACCCUGGACAACACGCUGGUCAUCCUGUCCACCGUGGCCCCGGAUGCAGGGCGCUACUACGCCCAGGCAGUCAACGACAAGAAUGGGGAGAACAAAACCAGCCAGCCCAUCACUCUCACAGUGGAGAACGUAGGAGGACCUGCGGACCCCAUCGCCCCCUCCAUCAUCAUCGCCCCAAAGAACACCACUGUAACAGUGGGGAGAAACGACGCUGUCAUGGAGUGUGUAGCAAAUGCAAGACCCCUCGUUAAAAUGAGUAUUACUUGGAGGAAGGACGGGGUAGUGGUCAACACUGGAAUCCGAGAUUUCGGCCGUCGACUGGUCAAAAGUUUGCCUACGGUCAGCGACAGCGGCUACUAUGAGUGUGAGGCGUCGCUUCGCAGCAGCAGUGUCCCCUCAGUCACCGCUGGGGCCUACCUGCAUGUUCUUGAAUACCCUCUGUUCAUAAAAGAGCCACCAAGUCACAUCACUGCAGAAAUGGAGAAGGUGGUGGAUAUUCCCUGUCAGGCACGAGGGACACCACAGCCAGACAUAGUGUGGUAUAAAGAUGCAGUGCCCAUCAGCCCGGUGAAGAUCCCCCGGUACAAGGUGUUGGUGGGGGGCAGCCUGCAGAUCAACGGCCUCCUGCCAGAUGAUACAGGGAUGUUCCAGUGCUUUGCCCGCAAUCUUGCAGGAGAGAUCCAGACAAACACCUACCUAGCUGUUACAAGUAUUGCGCCCAACAUCACCGCUGGCCCCUCUGACAGUGCAGUGAUUGAUGGCAUGUCAGUCAUUCUGCAUUGUGAGACCUCAGGAGCUCCACGUCCAGCCAUCACCUGGCAGAAAGGUGAGCGUGUGUUGGCCAGCGGCUCGGUCCAGCUGCCCAGGUUCACCCUGCUGGAAUCGGGCAGCCUGCUCAUCAGCCCCUCCCACCUGUCGGAUGCUGGUACCUACACCUGCAUGGCCAGUAACUCGAGGGGGAUCGACGAGGCCUCGGCUGACCUGCUGGUUUGGGCACGUACGCGCAUCACUAAACCACCUCAAGACCAGAGUGUCAUCAAAGGAACCAAGGCUGUUAUGACCUGUGGCGUGACCCAUGAUCCCAGUGUCACUGUGAGGCAUGUGUGGGAGAAGAGCGGCUCAGUGAUUGACGUGAACACGUCGCCCCGCCUGCGUCUGGACCCUGACGGGACUCUGCACAUCUCCCAGACGUGGUCGGGUGACAUCGGAACAUAUACCUGCAGGGUAACAUCCGUGGGUGGCAAUGACUCCCGUAGCGCCCACCUCCGAGUCAGGCAGCUGCCCCAUGCUCCAGAGAACCCAGUGGCAGUUUUGAGUAACACAGAAAAGAGGGCCAUCAACCUCACAUGGGCCCAGGCCUUCGAUGGCAACAGCCCCCUGAUCCGUUACAUCCUGGAGGUCUCAGAAAACAAUGCGCCUUGGACGGUGCUGCUGGCUAACAUUGAGCCUGAGUUCACCGGGGUCAUUGUUGGUGGUCUCAUCCCGGCACGUUCCUACCAGUUCCGCCUGUGUGCCGUCAACGAUGUAGGCAGAGGCCAGUUCAGCAAGGAGACCGAUCGACUGAUGCUCCCCGAGGAGCCUCCCAGUGCACCCCCUCAGACCGUCAUCGCAAGUGGACGCACCAAUCAGUCCAUCAUGAUCCAGUGGCAGCCCCCACCGGAGAGCCACCAGAACGGCCCUCUUCAGGGCUACAUCAUCAGGUACUGUCUGUCAGGGCUUCCAGUCGACUGUCAGAUAAAAAACAUCACUAACCCGGACCAGACCAGUCUCAUCCUGGAGGACCUCAUCAUCUGGACGAACUAUGAGAUUGAAGUAGGCGCCUACAACGGAGCAGGCAGGGGCACAUACAGCCACAAAGUCACUGAGUGGACUCUGCAAGGAGUGCCCACUGUGCCUCCGGGAAAUGUACAAGCUGAGGCUGUCAACUCAACCGCGGUGCGUUUUACCUGGACUGCCCCAAGUCCUCAGUUUAUCAAUGGAAUCAACCAGGGAUAUAAGCUCUUGGCAUGGGAACCAGGUCGUUCUAAUGAGGUCACCAUGGUUACAGUCCUCCCCAACUUUCAAGACAGCGUUCAUGUUGGUUACGUCUCUGGCCUUAAAAAGUUUACAGACUAUUUUACGUCAGUGCUAUGUUUCACUACCCCUGGAGAUGGGCCUCGCAGUCCCCCUCAGCGUAUACACACCCAUGAAGAUACCCCUGGUGCUGUGGGUCACCUGAGUUUCACUGACAUCCUGGACACGUCGCUAAAAGUCAGCUGGAAAGAGCCACAAGAGAAAAACGGUGUUCUAACAGGUUAUCGCAUCUCCUGGGAGGAGUUCAACAGGACCAAUACAAGAGUGACCCAUUAUUUGCCUAAUCUGACUCAGGAGUACAGGGUUACAGGGCUCACUGCACUCACUACUUACACCAUUCAGGUGGCAGCCAUGACUUCCAAAGGCCAAGGUCAACUUUCUGCAUCCACCAUAUCUUCUGGUGUACCACCGGAGCUGCCUGGUCCUCCCACCAAUUUAGCCAUUUCUAACAUCGGCCCACGUACUGUCACCCUGCAGUUCAAACCGGGUUAUGAUGGCAAGACAUCAAUUUCUCGCUGGCAGGUUGAAGCUCAGAUUGGUAUCGUUGGAGAGAGUGAAGAGUGGUUGAUGGUUCAGGAGCUGACUAACGAGCCUGAUGCCAGAUCACUGGAGGUCCUCGACCUCAAUCCUUAUACUUUUUACAGGUUCAGGAUGCGUCAGGUGAAUAUCGUGGGUACCAGUCCUCCCAGUCAGCCCUCCAGAAAGAUCCAGACCCUUCAAGCCCCCCCAGACAUCUCCCCUGCAAAUGUCACUCUGCGCACAGCCAGUGAGACCAGCCUGUGGCUUCGCUGGGUGCCUCUUCCAGAGUGGGAGUACAACGGCAAUCCAGAUCUCAUUGGCUACCGCAUCCAGUACUCCAAAGCAGGAUCCAAAGGUGGGGUUCUUUCUCAUGUCAUCAUGGACCGGCUGGAGAGAGAGUUCACUAUAGAAGACCUGGAGGAGUGGACAGAGUACGAGGUCAGAGUUCAGGCCAUCAACGGCAUUGGUUCUGGACCUUGGAGCCAGGCAGUCCACGGCAGGACUAGGGAGUCUGUGCCUUCCAGUGGUCCCACCAAUGUGUCGGCCUUUGCCACCACCUCCAGCAGCAUCCUGGUGCGGUGGGGAGAAGUCCAAGAGGCAGACCGCAACGGACUCAUCCUCGGCUACAAGGUUGUGUAUAAGGAGAAGGACUCGGACACAGCACCCGACUUCUGGACAGUGGAGGGCAACACCAGCCACAGUGUCCAGCUGAGCAGUCUGGGAAAAUAUGUCCUCUAUGUGAUCCAGGUUCUGGCUUUCACCCGGAUCGGAGAUGGACGGUGCAGCUCGCCUCCCAUUCUAGAGAGGACCUUGGAUGAUGUGCCAGGCCCUCCUGUUGGCAUCUUGUUCCCAGAAGUCAGAACCACAUCAGUCAGGCUCAUCUGGCAACCUCCUGCACAGCCCAAUGGCAUUAUCCUGGCGUACCAGAUCACAUACAGGAGAAACUCAUCAAGCAGCAGCGCCGCCACUGUGGACGUGUUGAGUCCCAGCGCCCGACAGUACACAGCAACUGGACUGAAACCAGAAACGGUUUAUGUAUUCCGUCUCACUGCCCAAACACGGAAGGGCUGGGGCGAGGCUGCCGAGGCUCUGGUGGUCACAACAGAGAAGAGAGCUCACCCUCAACCCACCAGCCGUCCCACGGCGCCUCAAGAAGAAGUCCAGUCUCGCAGAGUGCUGUUGUCAUGGGAACCAGGCAGUGAUGGCCUGUCGCCCGUUCGCUACUACACAGUUCAGUACAGGGAGCUGCCAGACAGCAACUGGACUGUCCACUCUGCAUCCGUCAGCCAUGAGACGAACUCCUACAUCGUGGACAGGUUAAAGCCGUUCACCUCUUACCAGUUCCGUGUUAAAGCCACCAACGACAUUGGAGACAGUGAAUAUAGUGAGGAGAGUGAGGCCAUCACUACGCUGCAGGAUGCUCCGGACAAACCCCCGACCAUUCUGUCUGUCACUCCUCACACCACCACAUCUGUACUGGUUCGAUGGCAGCCUCCUUCUGAGGAUCACAUAAACGGAGUUCUGUUGGGGUUCAGGGUCAGAUACCGGGAGUUACACUACGACCAUCUGCGCAGCUUCUCUGUCCGCACCGUAAACAGUCCUUCAGCAAACUGGGCUGACUUCACCGCUCCUUACAGCAUCAGAAAUUUGACCGAAUCUUCUCUAACACAGUAUGAGCUGGACAAUUUGAGUAAACACAAGCGCUAUGAGAUCCGUCUCAGUGUGUAUAACGCUGUGGGUGAAGGUCCAAGCAGCGCUCCACAGGAAGUAUUUGUCGGAGAGGCGGUCCCAACAGCCCCUCCACAAAAUGUAGUGAUCCAGUCAUCAACAGCGACUCAGUUAGAUGUUACCUGGGACCCACCUCCACUAGAUGCUCAGAAUGGAGACAUCCAAGGCUACAAGAUCUACUUCUGGGAGUUUCAGCUGCAAAAUGAGACGGAGCGAGUUCGAACUCUGUUCCUGCCAGAGCUCGGAGUGAAGCUUAAAAACCUGACAGGCUACACCACCUACAUGAUCAGUGUGGCAGCCUUCAACGCUGCAGGGGAUGGGCCCCGCUCCCUGACCACCAGAGGGCGCACUCAGCAAGCAGCCCCAACUGCUCCCAGCUUCAUCCACUUCAGUGAGCUGACCACCACCUCGGUCAACGUGUCCUGGGGAGAGCCCAAGCAGGCCAACGGUAUCAUCGAAGGCUACCGCCUGGUUUACGAGCCCUGCACUCCGAUCGAUGGUGUCAGUAAGAUAGUGACUGUAGAUGUGAAGGGCAGCACUCCUUUGUGGAUGAAGAUCAAAGAUCUGGCUGAUGGCGUCACCUAUAACUUUCGCAUCCGGGCUAAAACGCUCACUUAUGGUCCGGAGAUUGAGGCCAACAUCACCACCGGGCCUGGAGAAGGAGCCCCAGGCCCUCCUGGAGAACCCUUUAUUUCACGACACGGCGCUGCCCUCACACUGCACUGGACGAGUGGGGAUCAAGGUCGCGCACCCAUUACGCGAUACGUGAUUGAGGCCAGACCCUCUGAUGAAGGCUUGUGGGAUAUUCUUAUUAAAGAUAUUCCCAAAGAAGUGACAUCCUACACACUUAAUUUGGACAUGCUCCGAGAAGGGGUCACCUAUGACUUUCGAGUAAUUGCAGUCAAUGAUUAUGGCUAUGGGUCUCCCAGUGCCCCAUCUCCUUCUAUAUCAGCUCAGAAAGUGUCUCCCUUCUACGAGGAGUGGUGGUUCUUGGUCGUCAUUGCCUUGGUUGGCCUCAUCUUCAUUCUUCUGCUGAUUUUCAUCCUCAUUAUUAGAGGCCAGAGUAAAAAAUACACCAAAAAAGCCGACUCAGGCAAUCACUCUAACUGCACUGCACUGCCACUGACCCACGGAGAAAUGGUACGCCUCGAUGAGGGACGCUUCCCUGCCUUGGAGCUUAACAACAGACGCCUUUCUGGGAAAAACUCCUUCUGCCGCAAAAAUGGCAUCUACACCCGGUCUCCUCCAAGACCCAGUCCUGGAAGUCUGCACUACUCAGAUGAGGAUGUCAGCACUAAGUAUAAUGACCUGAUUCCAGCAGAGAGCAGCAGUCUGACUGAAAAACCCUCUGAGAUAUCUGACUCUCAGGGUAGCGACAGCGAAUAUGAAAUGGAUCAGAGCCGGCAGAAGACCCACUCCUUCGUCAACCAUUACAUCAGCGACCCCACCUACUACAACUCGUGGAGGAGGCAGCAGAAAGGCGUCUCCCGUCCGCCGGCGUACGGCUACUCCCAGCCCGAGCCCCUGAGCGCCCCAUCCCCACAGCCACAGGCCCAGGGCACUUUGUUCAGGCCGAAGGGAAGCCGGACUCCCACCCCAUCCUUGCUGUCCUCGGAACCCCUCAGCCAGCACAGCACUCUCUACCGACCCCCCAGCAGCCUGGGCUGUGCCGCUCAGGCACCUACCGCAGGCUUCUCCUCCUUUGUUUGACACACCGCUCUCCUUCCAAU